AUGUCUGGGCCGUUGGGUGGUCAUCAAGGCUAUACCAAAACAUUUGGACCAGCUGGCAGGGGCAAAAAACGAUUCGUGACAAAGGGUUUCAAGCUUGGCAGCUAUGUCAUCAUCAAGUACAAGCUUGGUCAUGAAACAUUUAUUGAGUAUGAGGGCAAGAUCGUGGACAAGAGAGUGGGCAGCGAGGACAAGGAAUCCUAUGUGGAGCUUAAAGACUGCUUGACUCUUAAUCCUGACGGGAAAAUUCUCGCCAUCGACAGACUGAAGCGUCUAACGGACUCGUUCAUCGAGGAAUGCCGCUUUGCCGAGAAGAGAGAAACAACACCUCAAGUGGAAGUUACGCCUGAUGGAGAGGCAAGCCAGGCGGACCCCGAAGCGUCGGAGGCAGCCGCUGGCAUGCUGAUGCCAGGAAUGAUGCCCAUGAUGCCUGGGAUGAUGAUGCCACCGAUGAUGAUGCCUCCCGGCCUGAUGCCUGGUGUCAUGCCAAUGAUGCCCGGCGUCAUGCCAAUGAUGCCCAUGAUGAUUCCGGGCAUGGCCGUAGGUCAGGCAGAUCAAGGAGCCCAAGGAAGUGCGCGAAGCAGAAGUAGAAGCCGAAGCAGAUGA